GCUCACGCAUGCGCCUCGCCGCGGCAUCGCCCUGGCUUCCUGUCCGUCCAGGUGACCGCCCUGGUUUUCUGUCUAGGGCCUCUGGUGACUAGGACCGCGGAGUCUGCGGGGUGAUCGCCGAAGGGCGCAGGCUGUGUGUCCCGGAGUCCCCCCCUGGCUCGACCGCUACCUCGAGGACCGAGCUCGCGGCGGAGGGCCCGAGGGUCAAGCAGCAGCAGUGGCUGCAGAGGGGCUGCGCGACCCGGGCCGGCGCUCCGCGGCACGAUCCGCCUCUGCUUUCACAAUUCUCCAUAUUUUUUCAAGAGCAGCAGAACAUGAGUAAAUCCUUGGGGCCAGUGUCAUUCAAGGAUGUGGCUGUGGACUUCACCCAGGAGGAAUGGCAGCAGCUGGACCCUGAUGAGAAGGUGACGUACAGGGAUGUGAUGCUGGAGAACUACAGCAACCUCGUUUCUGUGGGGUAUCACAUUAUCAAACCGGAUGUUAUCAUCAAGUUGGAGCAAGGAGAAGAGCCAUGGAUAGUAGAAGGAGAAUUUCCACCUCAAAGCUAUCCAGAAAUGUCUCUGAAGGAUCUGUUUCCACCUGCUGUGAUUUCCCUGUUUCACGAGAUCCUCAAAAGGGUUUCUCCGGUCUCAAGUCUGUCAGAUGAGGUCUGGCAAGUGGAAGACCCAAUGGAGAAGCUCCAGGAAGAUGAAGAUAUGUUCUUCAUCAACAAAACCCUUGGUGAAGAGAGAGGUAAUGUUUCUGGUAAAGCUUUUAAUGUAGAAAUAAACCCUGUUCCUUCAAGAAAAGUGGCCUCUAAAUGUGACUUAUGUGAAAAGAGUUUAACAUCUGUUUCGGAGUAUAUCAGUAGUGAUGGAAGUUAUGCAAGGAUGAAACCCAGUGAAUGUAGUGGAUGUGGGAAAUCACUUCUCCACAUUAAACUUGAGAAACCUCAUCCAGGAGAUGAAUCUUAUGAAUUUAAUCAAAAUGGAGAAGCUUAUGCUUUAAGUGAACAAAAUAUUUAUCAGAAAAUUCAUAUUUUGGAGAAACCCUUUGAAUACAUAGAAUGCCAGAAAGCCUUCCAAAAGGACACAGUUUUUGUUAAUCACAUGGAGGAGAAACCGUAUAAUUGGAAUGAAUCUGAAAUAGCCUUUCUCCAGAUGUCAGAUCUCAGUGUUCAUCAGAGAUCUCACAUGGAAAUGAAACCUUAUGAAUGCCGAGAGUGUGGAAAAUCUUUCUGUAAAAAAUCCAAAUUCAUUAUACACCAGAGGACUCACACAGGGGAGAAACCUUAUAAAUGUAACCAGUGUGGGAAGUCUUUCUGCCAGAAAGGAACUCUUACUGUACACCAGAGAACCCACACAGGGGAGAAGCCUUAUGAAUGUAAUGAAUGUGGGAAAAACUUCUACCAGAAGUUACACCUCAUUCAACACCAGAGAACUCACUCAGGAGAGAAGCCCUAUGAAUGUAGUUAUUGUGGAAAAUCCUUUUGCCAGAAGACACACCUCACACAACACCAGAGAACACAUUCAGGAGAGAGGCCCUAUGUUUGCCAUGACUGUGGAAAGACCUUCUCCCAGAAAUCAGCACUUAAUGAUCACCAGAAAAUUCACACAGGUGUGAAACUCUACAAGUGCAGUGAAUGUGGGAAAUGCUUCUGCCGCAAGUCUACUCUCACAACGCACCUGAGGACACACACAGGAGAGAAACCUUACGAAUGCAAUGAGUGUGGGAAAUUCUUCUCUCGGUUAUCCUAUCUAACUGUACAUUACAGAACUCAUUCAGGAGAGAAGCCCUAUGAAUGUACUGAAUGUGGGAAAACCUUCUAUCUGAAUUCAGCCCUCAUGAGACAUCAAAGAGUACACACAGGAGAGAAACCUUAUGAAUGUAAUGAGUGUGGAAAACUGUUCUCCCAGCUGUCGUACCUGACUAUACAUCAUAGAACUCAUUCAGGAGUGAAACCCUAUGAAUGUAGUGAAUGUGGAAAAACCUUCUACCAGAAUUCAGCCCUUUGUAGACAUCGGAGAAUACACAGAGGAGAGAAGCCCUAUGAAUGUUACAUAUGUGGAAAGUUCUUCUCUCAGAUGUCAUACCUCACUAUACAUCACAGAAUUCAUUCAGGAGAAAAACCUUACGAAUGUAGUGAAUGUGGGAAAACCUUCUGUCAGAAUUCAGCCCUUAAUAGACAUCAGAGAACACACACAGGAGAGAAAGCUUAUGAAUGUUUUGAAUGUGGGAAAUGCUUCUCUCAAAUGUCAUAUCUCACCAUACAUCAUCGAAUCCAUUCUGGAGAGAAACCAUUUGAAUGUAACGAAUGUGGGAAAGCCUUCUCUCGGAUGUCAUACCUCACUGUGCAUUACAGAACCCAUUCAGGAGAGAAGCCCUAUGAAUGUACUGAAUGUGGGAAAAAAUUCUACCACAAAUCAGCAUUCAAUAGCCAUCAAAGAAUUCAUAGGAGAGGGAAUAUGAACGUAGUUGAUGUGGGAAGGCUUCUCUGAAGUUGUACCUCAGAAACCUUUUAAUAUAAUAGACAAAAACUCUACAUGAAGUCAAACGCUAUUAUACACUAGGCCCUCUGUAUCCAUGGGUUCCAUAUCUACGUAUUUGACCAACUGAAAAUAUUUGGUGAAGAAAUUGCAUUUGUUCUGAACACUGACUUUUUCUCUUGUCAUUAUUCCCUAAACUAUACAGUGUAACAACUAUUUACAUAACACGUAUGUUAUGUAUUGUAAGUAUUCUGGAAAUGAUUUCAAGUAUAUGGGAAGGAUUAUGUUAGUUAUAUGCAAAUACUAUACCGUUUUACAUAAGGACUUGAGCAUCUGCACAUUUGGGUAUCUGAGGGGUCAUGGAAUCAAUAACCAGCCCUCCCUUCAUCCAGCCUUGGAUACCAAGGCACCAUUGUAUAUCACAGUUCGUGCAGGCGAGUGUGGACAGGCCCUUGCGUGUAGGUCAGAUUCAUCAUCUGAACAUUCACGAGGUAGAACCACAACUGUUAACAAGACCAUGCAACUCACUAAAUACUAGACUAUACAGAAAUAAAAAUGUCAAUAUUUAGAAUGUGUAUGUCUCACCAUGAAUUUGAACUGCUUUACAUAUCAGGGAAUUUUAACAGAUUAAGGAAUGUGGAAAACGUACUCCUUUGGAAAAUGUUAAUACGUAAAGAUGUGUUUCUCAUAUAACAAACUUUUUGUAAACAGUUUGAACAAAAACAGAACAUAUCUGCUGUGAAUAAACAUACUCUUUUUGUAAAUAGAAAAUGUAAAAUUAUUGGGAGAGCUAGCCAACUCUACUAGAUUAAACUCAUGUAAUAACAGUUCCUGAGGAACAAUAGGAUUUAGGGGCUUUUUAUUUGUUUUUUACUAUGAUACAUUAUAGUAAUUGUUAUUCAGUUUGAAUCUUGUUUGAAAAACCUUGUUUCCUUAUUAGUUUAUAACACAUAGGGUAAGAUUGCCCACUCUGAAUAGCAUCACAAUGUUAAUAUCUUAAUAUGUAUUUUCAGUGAGAUAAUAUUUGUCAUUUACAAACACAUUUAAUCAUAGUUAAUGAACUAUGUCAUCCAUAAAGAAGCCAUUUUUUAUAAUAUUUUCACAUAUAGAUAAAGGAGAUAGAUCAGCAAAGGAGAUAGAUCUAGAUGUAUGAAAUAGAAAACUCUGCAUAGAUAAUUUUAAAUUGUUAAGCUGGAAGUCUCCAAGAGUGACGAAGAGCUUUAGAACUUACUGCAUUCUAUACAAUUAAAAAGGGGAGAGGGUUACUUAAAAUAUUCCCAUCCUGUUUUUCACCUGUUUUUUAUUUGGAUGCUUACAUAAGUGUGUGUAGAGCACAAAUACUGUGUAACAUAGAAAUUAGAUGUCUUUUUAUGAUAGAGUUUGUGAAUGUUGUGCUCUGCUCCUUUCCAAUACUGAAGGAAUUGAGAACACAUUAAUUGUGGCAGACAUUGUUGAGUGACUCCCCCAGUCCUCCCUCCUUACUCUUUGCAGGCAGAGUCUGGGUAUCCAUUUGUCCUCACAGGAUAGGAGAUAAAUCCUGAUUAGUUUCAAUCAGUAAUGAUAACCUUUCUCAUUGCCAGCAGUUGGUUUAGAGUGGUCCUGGGAUCAGUCUAGAUAAAGAGGUACCUGACAGGUAUUUUCUGGAAAAGAUUUCUUCAAAGGUUCAAGGACUCAAGCAAGGUGAAAUGGAGUCUUUGGUCAAUGUCGCCUUUCCUGGAUCUGGUGCCUGGUAUCGGCUUUCAACAGUGAUUAUAGUUUAAUCCUGACCAGAAAGAUUGGAAGAACUUGGGACCUAGAUGAUGUCACUGAGCCUGGGAACCAGCCAGCCUUGUGGCCAUUCUAUGUCUGGACUAUUUGUUUUGUGAUAGACUAAAUUCAUUUUUUAAGCCAGUUGACUCAGAAUGUUCUGUUGGUAAUAAUUGAAGACACUGUAACUGAUAACAGAGUUACACUUUUAUAGGAGUUAUGUAAUUCAGAAGUGGACUUUAAGCACUUAUUUUGAGGUGUUGAUUAAAAAAUGUAUUUCCUGUAAAUUUUGAUGUAAAUAGUUUGAGCAUUGGAUAUCAACUUAAAACAAUUAAAUGUGUAUGCUUCCUUGAACUCUCAUAACACAGACUUGCAGAAUUAACCUUUGGAAUCUGUCAUACCUCAGGUGCACCUCCAUUUUUCUAAUAUGUGAAAUAAAUUUUGAGGUAAUUUAAUUUUAUUAUUCAUGGAUCACUGCUACAUUAGUUGGCAAUAUAUGGUGUAAGGUAAGGAUCUAAUUUUGCUUUCAAAUGAUUACUUGCCAGGUAGCCUGUCUCAUUUUACUAAUUUACCCCUUUACACCACUGAACUGAAAUGCCAUAUUUUUCAUGUGUGAAACACACAUCACUCCUGUUUUGUUGCUUAGCACUUUUUCUCCAUAUUUUUCUAGAUGAUUGUAUGCUAUGUAAUAGGAAUUAAAAGUCUGGUAGAUUGUAUAGUUUAGGGUAGGAACCAAAAGUUUAGAGCAUAUUUGUUGAAAUUUUAUCUACAAAGGUUUCCACCCUGGAAUGUCAUUACAGCUUAUUACACAAUGUACAUUUUGACAAAAAUAAAGACAUGAUGUUAAUACCAGAGCUACA